AUGCCGCCAUCCUCAGCAUUGACACUUCCAAACUAUGCCGCAAUCCGGGACCUAUUAGACGGCAAAAACCGGCCUAACUCCAUUGUCAAUGUAGUUGGCAUUGUUGUUGAUUUUCGUGCUCCUGUUCCAACAAGAGGCAAAGACUGGAAAUGCCAAAUUCGAUUUUAUGACUCCUCUAUUGAGGAUGAUGAUUCAAUUUCAGUCAACAUUUUUCGUCCUGAGAAUGAGUUUCCAAAAAUAGGCUGUGGCGACGUACUACUGCUCCGUCAUGUCAAGGUUCAACGGUAUGGUUCGGAUGUCUGUUCCCUCUUGACCAAUUAUAAUACCAAAAUCUCGGCCUAUGAAGCUUCAAGGAUUCCCAAACCUCCAGGCGAAGCUUCAUGCGCUCUUUACCCUCCCCCUUGUACCAAGGAUACUCCACCAUCUGUCAACGAGAGUACCUUUGUUUCUCAGCUGUAUCACAGCAUCGACAAAGAUCGAUUGCCCAGUAAAGAAGAGUAUGAAGUCAUGGUUGUCACUUCUGCAAACGUCAAGAACAAGUUCAGCCUACUCAAGGACCUCAAGGACGGGCAGUUUUGUGACAUUGUCACCCAGGUGGUCCGGCCACCCCAUGAUGCAGGCGAUAAAAUUACUAUAUGGGUUUCUGAUUAUACAGAGAACCCGGCCUUCUACAAAUUCUCUAUUGGCAUGGACGGCUCCUCUUUUGGACGAGACGGCGACCCAUAUGGCUAUACUGACAAGUUCAUGGUCGACACCGCGAGCUCUCAGUGGCCAGGUCCUUACGGGCGGAGGUGUUUGCAAAUCACUUGUUGGGAACCUCACGCCACUAUAGUUCGCGAAUCAAGACUCGAGCCUCUCACAUGGGUGUCGAUAAAAAAUCUACAGAUCAAGAUAGGCCGUAAUGGUUCUAAUCUGGAAGGGUACCUGAGAGAAGACCGCGGGUCUUUUGGUACAAGGAUUGGCAUCCAGGCAAUAGAUUCAAAUGCAGAUUCCGAAAACUUUGAUCCACGUGCCAAGGAAGCACUACAAAGAAAAAGAGAGUACGAUCGGUUAAGAAAGGGGCAAAUCAAAGAGAUAAAGGAGGCUAGCAAAGCAGGACAGAAGCGGAAGAGCUGUGUUGACAAUAACACAGAGCAGAAGAAAGAGAAUGCCAAAACGAGACGGAACGAAAAGCGCAAGAACAAAAACAAAAACAAAAAUAACAGACAAGAUCAGAUCGAUGACCAAGUUGAGCAGGACACAAUCCAUGUAGCGGACUUGAACACGAACGUGAAAUGUGAAAACCAAGAUAAGCCUCCCAGCUUAAUAUCCGAGAUCAAGGCACUGGUGCGACAAGAAACCACUAUCGAGGGACAGAGUGUAAAGCUCUCGCUGCCAUUUGUGAAUCUUAACUACCGUGCCAACGUUCGGGUAGUCGACUUCGCCCCGUCAGAUCUUACGGACUUUGCCUACCCAAAGAAGAAAUCAGAAUAUGAUGAUCUUUCUGAUGACGGCGGAGAAUCUGUAUCUGACAGCGGUUCCGAAGAGGAAGAUGGACAGUCAGGCCAGGUGACAUUGGACAAUUUCACGAAAGCGCGGAAUUGGGAGUGGCGCUUCUUCCUAGAGCUUGAAGAUGCUGCAGUCCCAGCCAAGCAGAAGAAGGAGAGGCUCUGGGUAGCAGUGGACAACCAAGCUGCGCAAUGUCUGCUCAGUCUCGACGCAUCCAACUUGAGACAAGACAAAGAAGCACUUACUACCCUCCGCGAGAAAAUGUUUAUCCUGUGGGGAAACCUGGAAGAGAGGAAAACAGCCGCUCAAGAAGCAGCAAGACAGGGCAAGCCCCCAGCUGAUAGCGACGACGAAGACCAGCGACGGCCCGAGACUGCGAAGUCAGGCAAGGUGCCGUUGACAAACCGGGCGUUUCCAUGUUGUAUACAACAGUUUGGCGUCAAGGUGCCUGAAUCGGAUCUAUCAGCGGCUGACGCAGGAGAUAAGAAACGAUGGCAGAGAAUGCACCGGCUCUUCGGCUCCAUGAUUGCAGGAUUAUGA